CCCUUUUUCUCUCUGCUUUCGCAGUUUCCCAGUUUCGCAUGUGUCGGGCAUUUUAACGGCGCUUUGCGGCACAUCGCCCGUAAUGGUGACUGGGAUGCGGACGCGAGUGUGCAGCUGCUCGUUCAUGUGUCUCGCCGUCAGAAGGCAGCUGCUGCUCGUCUGAAGUGAAGCGACGACUCUCGUCGUCGGUCCGAAGCGAGUCCUCUGAGAGCUGCGGCACGAGACCGGCCCUUCUUGUGUGUUCUCGGGACAGCGGACGAGAGAAUCGAGAGGUCUGCACUCCGGCGCUGGAAGACACGACGGCAGGUGCCAUCAUUGCCUCUCUGCCUGGCAGGCAGCCAAGGAAGGUAUCAUGCUUCAGGCUGUUGAGGUGAUGCAUUGACCGUCCCAACACGGCUGUUGCUGAUGGCUGCCGCAGCCGUGAACCAUGCUGAGCCAACUGCAGAGCCGGCUUCCUCUGCAGCUCUGGCCACGGCAGUGUGUGCGCAGAAUGGUGCCGGUGAGCCCCCGCUGGAUGUGGUGGACAUCUUCGUGGAUGGUUCCAGCGAGAUAUCACUGCGAGAAGGCGCACUCCGGGUGCUCCAGCACGUGCGCCCUUGCUGGGACCUGACUUCUGUUCGCUUCAAGACGUUCACAGAUGGCAUCACGAACCAGCUGGUUGGCUGCUGGCAAGGCGGAGAGGAGCUUGGCGAGGGAGCGCUGCUCAUGCGCAUAUACGGCCAGAAGACCGAGCUCUUCAUCGACAGGUCGGCCGAGGUGGUCAACAUGCGCCUGCUGCAUGCGCAUGGCCUCGCAGCGCCACUGCACUGUGCCUUCCGCAAUGGCCUCUGCUACGGGUUCAACCCUGGCCGGGUGGGCGACACCCAGCUCAUCAGGGACCCGCACAUCUCCAGGCUGAUAGCACAGACGCUGGCACGCAUGCACUCUGUGAAGCUGCGCAAGGGGGGACAGGUGGCGCCCUCACUCUUCCCCACUCUGCACAAGUACCUCCGCCUGGUGCCUACACACUUUGAUGACAUCGAGAAGAACCUCAGGUUUGUGUCGUGCAUCCCAAGCAAAGCAGAGCUGGAGCAGGAGGUGUCACUACUGGAGGAGCACCUGUCAGGCUUGGGCUCGCCUGUCGUGUUUUGCCAUAAUGACCUGCUCGUCAAGAACAUCAUCUACCAGGAGAAACAAGACAGAGUGAUCUUCAUUGACUUUGAGUAUGCCGACAACAACUACCAGGCGUUGGACAUUGGGAACCACUUUUGUGAGUUUGGAGGUGUGGAGCGUUUCGACAGCUCCCUCUAUCCAGACCGGGAGUUCCAGUUUCAUUGGCUGCAGCACUACCUGGACGAGUGGCACAGGCUCGCAGGCCGUGGUGAGAGCGCCUCCACCCGUGACGUUGAGGUCCUCUACGUCCAAGUGAACAAGUUUGCCCUGGCCUCGUGUAUGCUCUGGUGCCUGUGGGCGCUCAUCCAGGCCGCGCAUUCCACCAUCAAGUUUGACUUCCUCCAGUUUGCCAUGGAGCGGCUUGACAUGUACAAGAGGCAUAAGGCCGAGUUCUUGGACAUGACGUUGCCACCCUCCUAGGAGUGGCCAUCCGGGCUGAAGUGCCCAUUGCCACCGACGGAGUUUGCCCACAACGCGACCUCCGAACCUACCUCGGCUACCACAGAGAAUGAGCUCGAUCUCACGAUCCGGUCUCGUUUGUGGCCGGGCCCCACUGCUCGUCUAGGGUGCCUGCCCCAGCCACUUGUGCGUGUUUGAACAUUUGGUUCACUGCGGAGGAUUGUGCGUUUUCUUCGGCCUGCAACGACGGGCAAAGAGUGUAUCUGAUAUUUUUGCUACACCCCAUUUGUAUUUAAGUUUUCUCGCGUGAGUUGUCUUUCUUCGGACUGGCUUUUCCAGUGCCUUACGCAAGCCACAUGCUGCGUGUCUUGCUACCGGCUGCGAGUACUUGUUUUUACGAAGGGAGACACGUGGUGAAGCUGUGUAACUGUUGAGCCAAGUUCCACAGCCUUCCACACUUUAGCGUGUUUGUUACAGCUUUGUGAGUUUGUAGGCCUCCUUUUCUUCGUUGCUCUUGAGCCAUUCGUGGCAGACUGGCUGUCAGAUUUACGGGAAAAACUGGACGGUCGAGUUGUACUGCUGGAAGUCGGUCAUUUACUGCUGAUCGGUGCAGCUCGCUAAGACGCUAGUCAGAAGUUGUAGUUGUCUUUGAGAAGUCCUUCCCGCACAAUUAAAAGAAAAAGAAAGUUUGACAGUUUGACGUGUGUUAACUACUGCAGGAAAAACAAAUGAGACAAAACGAAACAAAACUGUCUUGUUUGAGAUCUCGCAUUGAAGCAGUAUGGUGUCUCCACCGCCUGAUUAGUCAGGCGGAUUAGUCAGUGCAUGGUGAUUUGGAGACCUUUUUGGGAGCAUUUUAUCAGUCAUGAGCAUGACAAAGUAAAUUCUUAGCCCCCAAGAUUUGUAGUUGCCUAUCUCAGAGGUGGUUAUGUCGUUGAAUUAUCUGCAGCUAACCGAAUUAUGUGGGGGAAAAAAAUGUCCUAAAUGUGAUAUGUCAAUGGUUAGGCUAUAUUCCUUUCUCACUUAAAUUUAAAAGGCAACGAGCUGGCAGUUUCGUGAUCUGGUCAGUUACUGGGUAGUCUAGAUGUUAGACGUAUGUAAAUCUCUAUAUCCAUACGCGCAGCUUUUUUAGAAGUGAACCAUGUGCAGAGACAGGUAUUUUUGAUUACUGUAAUUUUUGGAGAUUUCUGUUUACAAGUGUCACUUAGUCUGAAAAUGUUACUGCGACCAAAGCCACAAAACUGUACCUAUGCUAUAUCGCAUCGUGUAUUCAGUGAUAACAGUUGCAUCAAAAUCUCAGGAAGGCGUCUUUGGUUUUUUUUUUUUUUUCAAGAAAUGAUAGAAAUACUACCUCUGCUUGUUUCAGGAAAGCUAUGUACUGCAUAUUUUAGUGUACAAGAUUCGUCUGGGAAAGUUGUUAACUUUUUUUUUGUUAUGCAGCAAGUUGGAUGUUGGUUUGCCUCGUAUAGACCUCGAUGAGCAUAUGACCGUUUGUUGUUACAUUGUGUUCACACGUGUUAACACAUGCCGAUUAUGCUUUCUUUUUCUUCGCUUGGCUGAAACGGCCAAGUUUGAGAAGCAGGGGAUUUGUAGGUAACUUAGUUCAAAACUUUGAAUAAUAAGGAGAGGCAUGACACCACUCGGGCAUUUAUCUUAAGGGAAGACAGGAGUGAGAAAGUGCAGGAAGCACCAACACAAGAAUCCCAUAUUUCUGUUAGAGGCAAAGCGGUUUAAGGAAGACCGUUGAGGCGUUCUUCUGUCAGUUCUGUGAGUGUUGUUGGGCACAAACUUUUUCUAGAAGUCGGCACGAAAUCCAGCUGACUCUAAUGAAAUUUCCCGUAGCAGUGAAGCACUGUCCCCACUUAAUACAGUUAGCCAUCAUAUAUGUGAAAAGAAAUGGAAUUUUUCAAAUUCCUAGGUUUUCGCAAACAGUUUAUAAUUUCAAGUUCACAAGCUUUCUGGACAGACCUCGUAUAUAUUUCAGAACAUUUAAACAAGAAAAGAAAAUUGAAAAAAAAUAAAAUAAGCAUUUUACAACUAUAUAACGAAACAUGACACUGUCAGGUAUUAUUACAGCACUACAGAAAAGAAAACAAAAACAAAACUAAUAACUCUAUACCGGAAUAUGACACUGCCACAUGUUGCUGCACGACUACAAGAAAAAAAAGAAAAAGCUUGCCUUGUAUAUGCACAAAUAUUGGCAUUGUGCAUGCGCUGUAUCUUUUUAUUGCCAAACUAUUUUCUAUGACGCAGUUUCAGCUUCUACAACCUGCAGUUGCAGGUUCCAUGUAACACGUUAUCGAACGCAUUUCAAUCACUCUCGGGGGCAUCACUGUCGACGCAUGUUGAUUGGCGAAGCAGGGGAACCACACGUGACAGAGCAGCCUUGUGGGCGAGAAAGCUUUUAUUCUUUAUUUUGACGUUGCAUCAUUGUUGGAUGCAUUCGCAGCCUGGUCGGGAGAAAUUGUCGUCGUGGUACCAAAUUUCCGGCACUGCUACAAUACAUGUUCGUACGCAUUUUGUUGUGCAGAGAAGUACCAGCUGAAGCCAUGAAUUGAAAAUACAGCUUCGUGCAUCGAUCACACAGUACUUUGAAGCAGAAGCAUCUUCAUCGCACAAUGCCUUGUCCGUGUCAUCUUGACUUUGAAUGCGCUAGGUGAUGAAAAGAACAUAGAACAAAAGCAAAACCACAUUUCAAAGGUGACUAUUUCUGUGUACUUUGGUGUAACAUUUAUAUGUAGUCUGUUGCAUGCACUGAGUGUGUGUGGCAUAUUUACAAGAAAAACACAAUAUAAAUUUUGAUCUCUGUGUGCGAUACGAACACUCAAAGAUGUGGCUCUUGUCACAAGUUGGCUCUACUGCCAGUAAAUGAGCUUGUGUCAGUGACUGCACUUUAUUGUUUGCUCUCAGAGAAUUGCCCUUUUUUUUUUUAUUGGAGCUUUUGAGCUUUGCUGAUGAGAACAUUAUCAUGUGCAGUGUUUGUCACUGUAACUUUGUAAAGACUUUGCAUCUGGGGGCAUCACGGUUUCUUGAUAAGCUUAAAUUAGCCUCUGUUGGCUGCUGUUACUGCGUUGGCCUCCUUUUUAAAUAUUAGUUGUUGUUGUAUUGAUCAUUUUUAUUGUUAUAUUGUUCCUUUUAUGGAAUUUGUUAUGGAAAUGUCUUGAUGCAUUUUCUUUUGAUUGCCACUGCUGAGCAUGACAGGCUAUUGCAGUUGUCUUUGGGGGUGAAAGUGUGAGUUUGUGGAUUAUGGCAACAGUGUAUGCCACUUAGGAAAGAAAAAUGUAUUGGAUAUGUGCUCAGCUGUAAAUAGUUUUUAGCUGUUCGAGGUUUCUUUUUCUUCUUUUGUAUUUCGCUAUUGGUUUGAUUUUUGGCUUUAGUUACUGGAUGCACGGAGUACAUGUAAAAUGGUUGGAUCAGAAGUGUGUGUUGUGUACAUUCCUUUACAUUGAAUAAUAGACUGUGCAGACCUCAUCGUCGCUGCAUUCAGAGGCAGUGCUGAAUUGACUUAGAUCAGUGCUUGAAACAAGUUUGCAGUAAAUGUUAUUUUGUUAAGCAAAGUUUUUCUUUCUCUUUCUUAUUUUUUAAAUGCCAGUACAUUUUUUGUAUACUGCAGUGUUGAAGGUACAAAGGUAGGGACAAGAUUAUCUGAGUUCAGUUCACUCCAGAAGGCUGUAUUCUUGAUCAACCCCAAUCAGAAGAGAAGCUUGAAUCUUUUUGAUGCACUCAGAAUUUUUAAAUGCAACAAAAUGCAUGUUAUGCAAAAAAUGCAUGAUCGAAAUCGUACUGUGUGAGUGGGGCAUUUUCAGUGUUCUCCCCUGCUAACGUACAAGCCAGGAAAUUGUGCGCGCUGUAAACGUGCAAGCAAUGUUCUGUAUUGCUUGCGUGGCAGUGAUUGGGCACAGAAGCAAAAGCAGGCAUGACAUGACAAUUUGAGGAGGGUGAGCAACUUGCAUUUUUAAUAUUUUUGUAAGUAACAAUCGUCGAGUGCAUUGACAUGACAAGCAAUGCCAAUGUAUGUCCUGACUGAAGCAAAUAAAUUCCAAUGCAGUGACGCUUCGGGAUGAUCAUAGCAGUGCCAGUACAAAAGAUAAAGCAUUGCUGAAAGUGGUUGAUCAAUAGUGCAGCGGUUAGUUAUCGACCCAGCAGCAGAAUUUCCUGAAAGCUCAAAGAGUGUGCAUGUAGUCAAGCGAGAUUUUUGCUGAUGCCAGCGCACAUUAUUUUUUUCGUCGCCCGUACUUAACCUGUGGCCAUGUGUACUGAAGGGUGACUGUAAGGUGUCGCAAAAGGGGUUCACGAUACUUGUCUUUUUUUUGAGAAGAAGCAUGGGCUGUGGUCAUAAGUGUAGCAUGGUUCUAUGUUUUUGCAAGUUUACGGCCCUCAAAUUGUAACGAAAGGUAACCAUAUCACGCCAUUCAUGUCAUCAGACUGGGAUGUGAGCACUGUGUAUUGCUCAACAGGCUGUUCUGUCUACUCAGUGGGCUUCGAACAGAGUGCAUUUUUUUUAGCCGAGAAUAAUCGGCUGUGCAUGAAGGGGACUUGAUACUAUGUUGUGGAGCCUAUUAUGAUAGCAAGAAUGGCUGCAUUUCAUGGUUUGUGCAUUCACUGCAUGAGAAAGUGCUUGCACGGUGUGUCCUGAAGAGGUUCUGAAACACCUUUUGUCUGCACAGCACCUUCUUGAUCGCCAAAGUUGUUCCUUCUCCCGUUAUGCAUAUGCUCUGGAUGUGGCAAGAACAGACUUUAAAGCAGUGCACCACGGUCUACUCUCCCAGUUAGUGCUUCACCAUCGAUUAUACAAUGGGAAGGCCUGCAGACUACAUUUGUAUGCAUUCAUUUUGUGUGCUGCUCAGAAUGGAAGCAUUCCAAAUGGCCUGGUUUGCUGUGCUUUAUUUGUAUGCACGAAUACCUCACAUUUCCCAUUAAGUUAAUUAGCAGCAGUUGUAAUACACAUAUGAUCACGCAAAUGUGUUUCCUUUAAGAGUGGACCAUACUGUGCAUGCGACAAACCAAGGUAGUUGCACUCUCAAGUACAAACUGUGCAACUUUUUUUCUUUUUUCUUUUUUACAUUGUAUUGAAACUCUUGUGAGUUAAGUAAUAUAGGUAUGUACAGUGCCGCAGCUGUAAAUGUAAAAAACAGAGAAUGUAAAGUUCCUUGAAAAGACAUCUUUGGAUCCUUAAUCUUAAGCCUGUUUUGCAUGCUGCAAUCUUGCGCUGCAUUUCUUGCAGUUACAUGUGCACCAAUCUCUGCAGUUGUGAUUUUCACAUUUGCGAGCACCUCGUGGGAGUCUGAAUUAUUCUUGGCACAGGCUUGUUCAGUCCGCUUUGGUAAAAACAAAUUAAAGUAAACCAGGAACCGUUUUUUGUGAAAAGUUUUUCACGUUCGAAGCUCGUUACUUUACCAAAGCAAGAAAUAAGCAGGCAAGCAACAGUGACGUGUCUGACAAUCCAUAUUGUUAUUGGUUCCUGAUUCACGCUGCAUGUGCGCAGCGAACUUCAGUACUUUGCCCGAAGGGGUCCCCCAUGGCACAUUCGUUGCAUCAUUCAAUUCACAAGUACAAAAUUGCAGGCAAAAUUAGACCAUGUGAAACAGGCUUUACUUGUGUAUUAGCUGCACUGGUAAGUUCACAUUGUGAAAGAAGACACCUUGGUCUGACAGGACCAGCGAACCCAGCUUAACCAUUUCAAGCCAUAGCCAUAGUCUUAUUUUCAUCUAGUUUGUACUUGCCAGUGCUGUCAAUCGCAGCCUGUGUGUGUUCAAACAGUAGCUUUAGAUAAGUUGACCUUCAAUAGAAGACAUAUUGAAGAAAAUAUAAUUUCUCUUAAUUGUCAUCGAAAAUGCUAGAAAAAAAAAUUAUGGCCAAUAUAUUACAUGAUCCUGUAUGGUAUUAUAUUCCCAUUAAAGGGAUUCAGCUAGUGGUGGCUUUUCCCUUCCCAGUUCAACUGAAACAUGGGAAAUGGGCGGACGACGGUGUUUCAGAGCCUCCUUUUAAGGUCUAGCUGUUUUCCUGCGAUGAUAGCAAGGUUGUGCUGCACCGAGGUGCGUAAUGGCAGUUGUUGCAAGCUGCAAUGUACAAACGUCACUGAAAGAUGGGAAGUUGCAUUUAUCACAACUGAAGCAUGUUUAUUGAGUGCAGAGCUCCUUGUGAAAGAAGCAGCAUUCUAUCAGUCCCAAGAAGAAAAACCAAAGAGUGCUCCAGCAAGGGCGCACAUUCACUCCUUUAGCUAGUCACAAUUAUUGAGAAGCACCGCGGAACUCGGUGGCAUUUUGUGGCCAGUGAUGCCACACUUCCAUCAACAGACAUCUUGCCUAUUUCAAACAGCCUUGUUGACACCAAAGGUUUCUUUUGUUUUUUCCCUACUAUACUGGAGGCUCAUUAGAGUGAAGCACAGGCAUUUCAACACAAAACUCGUGACUUGUUGCACCCAGGGUAACUGUUUCAGUCACGGGCAAGAGAACAAGACGGGCGUUUCCUUUAGUAGUUCAUGUCUGUCAUACUGCUUCAUAAAAAGGAGCCUCUCCAGGCUUUGUUUACAGAUAUAAAAACCAAAUUCACAGGACAGCUCAUAUGCAACAGCACUGCACAAUUGGGCAGUGUACAUAUAACAGGAAGAAAGUCGAUAGUGACACCCACUCAUGGUCCUGCCGCAAGUAACAUUGCAUUGGAAAAGCUUCGCAGUCCCAAACUCUUGUUCGCCUCCUAGACUUGUCAAAGCAAAUGGAAAUAAAUGCAUUGAGUGUAAGAAAGUUCAGAGUGUGAAAGCGUGCCUUGUGUUUGGUUGAAAACCCAGCUGAAGCAUUCUUGCUGAUUUAACCACUGAGCUGCCAAAAUCCCUGGAAGCUUGAAAUGCUCGGUUACGCUUAAAUUUAGCCAAGAGGAGCUUGUGUUAAGUAUAUUAGAGUUGCAUGGAAGCACAGGGCAGUUUUUGUUGAAAAACUGCCUCAAGAGUGCUGUCUAUGUGAAGUUGUUCACGUGAUUGCAGCAGACACGUUUGAUUGUCGGUGCGCACCAGUCAGUGUCUAAUUUAUGACAUCAGCUUGCACGGACUAUGCCCGUUGUCCACACAACCCUGAGGCAACCCUGACACAAUCCUAGCAAUGCUGCUGUGUUUGUAGGAACGCCAUUUGUGGGCAACAGCUAAUGGCCUGCUUUUGUCCCGCACUGCGACUUGCCAUAGAAAUGAGCUGAUUUAGUCAAUUCAGUUGAGUCCGCAUGGAGCCAGUUUAGUAAAUGCUGUACGUCAUUAUUCAAAUUGAAUAAAUUUCUCAAUGGAUUAAAAACCGCACCGCUGCAGUUGAGGGGGAGGAACACAUUAUGUAGGUUGUAGGGGAGUAAACUUAAAUUGUGCUUGGAAAUGUUUUCGUCGUUGAAUUGUUGAUUCUGUCGAUUGAAACUUGCCACUUCUUGAAUGCCAAAGACACAGUAAACAAAAAAAAUGCCUAGCGACUGCUUAUUUUACUCGGUCAUGGGAUACACUCAAACCUCAUAGGAAGUCACAUGGAAAUACCUUCGUUAGAUUCAUUCACCAUUAUUAGCUUAUAUUCAUUACACGUUGAUAUCAGUGAAGAGCAUUUUAGAUUUACUUCGUUAUAUCCGUGUUCUUUGUACUGAGUUUUGACUUUGUAUGCACGGCACACCAAGGCAUCACAAGUGUAAAGAAUGGAGAAAACGCGCAUACAAAAAGCAAGAGACAAUCAUGGCAUCAAGAUAUUCUGAAAUUUGCACAUAUAUAAUGACCUUGUGAUUGAGUAAAAUUAGUGUUUGCUAGCUGUGUCUUCUUCCAGUGUUUUCUGCAUCUUUGUUGUCGAAAAAGCAGCAGUUUUCAUUCAUGCAUUUUUAUUCUAAAAGAGAUUUAAUGCAUGCUGCUUCUUUUGUUUUGCUCAAAUUACACAACACGGUGGAAUCUUUGUCUACAAUAUUGGCAUCCGUGAUAGUCUUGUUCAUUCUGUGAAAAUGAAAAAACAUUCGUAUGCAUCCUUUGCCAUCCUUCUUUCUUUAGAGUUGUUAGAAUAAAUACACAGGUCACCAUACAGCCUUCGCUCUUUUAGCUGUUACCCUGCAGUGUCUUAUUUCGUGCAUGCCAACAAAAAUGUGGCAACCUUCUGAAACAUUGUUAGUGUGUGCAUAAUGAACACUUGCAAGUGUUUGGCAUUGCAGUGAGGUGAUGAUCAGUGCCAGUAUAAACUGUGCGCAUGUGCUGAGUUUAUUGUGAGGUCGAACUGUAAAUGAGAAAAUACAUACUGGACGUCGCAGAGGAGUUGUUGCGAUUCUGUUGGUUUAGAAAAUGAAUGGACACCCUUAUGCGCUGUACAUAUUUUUAAGGUUGCAAGAGGGGAGGAUUUUGUCCACGGUGUCAAUUUUAUUAUGGUUGUACGAAUGGACUGCAGCAGCCAGAAUAAUUUGGGUACAUGGGCUGUUUACAGGGUUGUGUGAAUUACGGACAUGAUCCAUAACUGUUUGCUGCUGGUCGGCAGCGGCACAUUUGCAAAAGACUUACUAAGAGCCCGGUCAGCAACACUGACGUCGGUUUGGUCUUCUUUAAGCACGCUUCGAGAAAGAGCACUUGAGGAUCGCCCGGCUAGAAGCAAGCACAUAUAUAUACACACACGUACACAAAGACAUACGCACAGCACAUGCGCACAUUGCAGUGUGAAUGUACAGCAUGUAAAUAUAUUUCUGGCUGAAUAAGUUUGAGUGCAUUCCUUAUUGUUCUGCUGUCUUGAAUCUUGCUAUCGUCCAUUUUCAGAACUUUGUUAGGCCUCUGUGCAUUUGCCUGACCCUCUGCCAGAUAUUUUUCUGCACGAGAUAGGCCUAGCCAUAUUUUUUUCUUUCAAAGGCUAUACGUGUGUCUGGCCACGUGCGGUUCAUGUCACAGCUGAAAAUGACGCUGGGUCAGUGCUGUAGUCCAAAUGACAUCUCAGACCAGUCACUGAGGCCCGGAAGGUUCUAGCCAGGAUGCUUGGUAGCCAAUUUUAGCCACCUUCUCCACAGAAACAACCAAAAUGUAAAAGUUGGUUUCAUCUCCUUACAUACUGAGCGUUCCGAUUAAAUGUGAAAUGCACCGUGCUAUGAUGAAAAACAAAAAAAAAGUUUAUGAAUCACUGGAGACACCAAAACAAGACUGAAUUUUCUUGCACCCAAAGCAUGCAGCUUACAGAUUAAAAAGUGUGGUUUCCUUUACACCUGUGGCUUAGAUGCAAGAAAGUGCAGCAGCUUCUUAGUUCCUGUGGUCUGUGAACUGUCGUCCCACCCUCUAAAAAAAGAAUGGAUGUAUCUUUUGGAGGGAAAAUCAAGACUGGCUAGACCAAAGGUCUCGGUUGUGCAGCCUCGUUGUUGACUAGUGCCUCAGGAACACUCUGAUGUUGUAGAAAGAAAAGUUGUCCAGGUCGAAUUAUUUUGGAGCAGUGUUGUCUAUUGCAAGGAAUGUCUUUGGAGCUGGCACUGUUGAGCAGGGUGAUGUUGUAAGUGAAGCGCAUGAAGUGAUGUUGCACAGUCGCUUCUUGCACUUCCUUCAUGCUGCACUUGCCACAAGUUCCCUAUACUAAUUGUGAAUUUUUUCCAGAAUGACUUCUUUUUUUUUUCACCUUACUGCUAUUGAUGACUGAGAGAAACCGAGCUUGUGGUCUGUUCACGUGUCCAGCGGGCUUUGCAUGUGACAGUGACCUGUUUUUGUGAUGACCUCUCUGUCCUCUUUACCGAAGCCUGCGGGCUGCCUGUUGUGUACACGGGUUCUUAUUGACAGCAUUAAACGCAUUCAAGCAAACACUGA